AUGGCAUCCGAAGACCCCUUUCUACAGGUCCAGGCUGACGUCCUCUCGCUCCUGAACACAACGCGACCACUCUUCAACAGCUACAUCCGCAUCCGCUCCUCGGCCUCUUCAGCCACCUCCCCCGAACUCGUCGAAGCACGCGACGAACUCGAAUCCACACUCACAGACCUCAGCGCCGACCUGCGCGAUCUAGUCGACAGCGUGAAAGCUGUCGAACACGACCCAUACCGCUAUGGCCUAGAAAUAGACGAGGUCGAGCGGCGGCGAAGACUAGUCGAAGAUGUAGGCGCAGAGAUCGAAGAUAUGCACGCAGAACUCGCAAAGACUGUCGAGCAAGCACAAAUGCACGGAAAGGCCAAGGCCAAGGAUAAGGAUACUUCGUUACCACAUCCCAGUGCUUUUGACAGCGAUGACGAGCAUGGAGAGGGAGACGGCGAUUAUGCCCAGUUUGAACAGCAGAGGCAAGAGGAGAUUAUGCAACAGCAGGAUGAAGCUCUGGAUGAUGUCUUCAAGACUGUAGGCACUCUGCGUCAACAGGCCGAUACCAUGGGCCGCGAACUCGAGGAACAAGCUGACUUGCUCGAUGAUGUCGACAACAUCGCCGAUCGCGUGGGCGGCAAGCUUCAAAAUGGUAUCAAGAAGAUUGGUUGGGUCAUCAGGAAAAACGAAGAUACGUAUUCCAGCUGUUGCAUCGCUGUUCUGAUUGUUGUCUUGAUCAUUCUGUUGAUCUUCCUGCUGGCUUCAUAA